AUGAAGUCUUCUUGGCCCAACAAACUAAGUGAGAGAAUCCAAAGGCUUUAUAGUACCAUGCUUACCCUAAUGCCGCUAGAGAGGAUCGGAGAUCAUCCAUUUGAUUAUUUUGAUAGCGAGAUUGAAUGUAUAAUCGAAUCUGUGGAUGCAGUGUUCAAAAGUAUUCUAAGUAGAAGGCUAAAGAUGGAGAAAGAGAUUGACGGAGUGAUGGAAAGAAUAAAGAAGGACUGUGGCGACAUUGAGGUGGAGGCGCCCUAUGUCCCCAGGUUAUUCAACCUAUGUCUCCUAAGGGAAUAUGUAAAGAACGAAUCCAACAGAAUAACGUUGCUGAAGAAAGCCGUUGAGGGGAGAAUGAUAACUAUUAGGGAGGAGAUUGAGAAGAUAAAAGAGGACAUCUUUGAUGUUGAGACGAUGGAAAUUGAUUGCAUAGAAUUAAAAACUAUGGACGAAGAGAGUUGUGUUUCUCUAGCGAAUUUAAAGGAACUUGAAAUGCGCCGAGAUUUUCUAAGGAGUAAGAAAGAAGGUAUGGAAAGGAAUAGGGACAGGCUUUAUGAAGAGCUUUGUGUGUUUUUAUCACAGUUAUCUAAGAACGAUUUGGAUGUGGCUAUUGGGCAGAAGAUUUUUGUUCUUGAGCAGCUACAUAAGAAGUAUAAGGAAGAGAUUGAGAGAAGAGACUUGGAGUUUAGAAGGCUUGAGAUAGAGAUAAGAAGAAGGGAGGGAUAUCUUGGAACACCUUGCAAAGAGAUUGAAAUGGAUUUGAGUGACGAGAACUUAGGAAUGAUGAGAAGUUAUGAGAAGUAUCUCCGAGAAGAACAAGAGAGACAGCUAGAUGAGAUAUAUGAGAAGAAGAGAAGCCAGCUUAAAGAGUUACUGGAUAUUUUUGGAGAGAAUAUGGAGGAUUACAAGAAGACUGAAGAGGGCAUUGAGGAGAUGGCAAUGACGAUUUCGAAGCUAGAGUCUAAGAAAGACUUGUUCCUCUCUAUAAGAUCAUUGAUGGAGAAAAGGUCUGAGCUCAUAAGCAAGAUGAGCGAGUUUGAAAAGAUAGCAUCUGAUCCAAAAAGACUAUUCAGAUCAUCCUUGCAGCUCUUGAGUGAAGAGAAGUUCAGAAAUAGUGCCUAUCCGAAUCUAAUAAGAAUUGAAGAGGCCAUAUUCAAGCUUUUGGAUGAGUAUGAGGAUAGAUUUGAGAAGUUGCUCAAGAAUGGAAUAGAUUUUAAGAAGUCCUUAAGGGAAGAAAUAGAGAAUAGGAUUGUGAACAAAACUGUGUUUAUAAGCAGAUUUGACUCGCCGUCGAGGAAGAGGAGGUGA